CUGUGUUGUGUAUCCGCCAGCUUCCUAUUAUUUGGACCAGCUCCGUUUCUGGGAUUUGUACCCAUGCUGUGGCUCUCCAUACUGACAUCCUCCUUCAUAGGACUCUCCUUUGCCCCUGUCUCUGUCAGCGCAAUGAAGAGCAUAUACAGGGGAGCAAGAGAUAGGGGACUGAAGGACGACGGAGCUACAUUCGGGUUCUUGGCUGGCAUAAUUCAGUCAUCUACUUACAUAGGAACGUUCUCUGGUCCAUUGCUGGGUGGAAUAAUAGUGGACCAUUUCGGAUUCCAGUGGCUGAUGGCAGCAUGUUCCAUUCUGAUUAUAGUCACGGGUCUGUCUUUCACGCCCUUCGUCGGGAUUACAUUGUGGAGGGAGUACAGACUCAGGAAUGCAAAUACCGGAGGAUAUUUAGAAUUGGAGUGAUUUUCAUACAAGAGUGAGAAAAUUGCCAAAAUGAAAAAUAAAUGAAUAAGUCCUCAAGUAUCCAGUCAGCAAGGUACACGUUACAGAAAUCACUGAUGGAAUGUAACUGGCAUCGGGCAUGUCAGUGAAACUCAUGGGGAUAUUCAAGGAUUGUUGCGCAUUCAUCGAAGGACAACAACAUUCAUCGAAAGAUCUGUGACAUUUACAUCGUAGUGUAACUGUUAUCCGUAGAAAAAAAUGUGAAACAAUUCUUAAAGUUACCAAGUAAUGACUAAUGGUUUUAAUUUGGUUAUGUUUGUCAGGCUUGCGUUUCUUUGGUCUGCGAAAAAGUCCAUUUGAAUCUGGAAGUUAGAUGCAGCAUCUUAAGCGGUUCAGUAAGACAGUGUGGCAUACAUACUCUGUCCUCUUAACUUAUAAGUUAGUUUGCUGUGUUUCUUGGGAUAAUUUUGCAUAUUCCCUCCGAGAUCACCUCAACAAAAUUCAAAGGAACUCACACGUUACUGAUGUGGAAUUCAAGGCUUCUGCUUACAAACUGAAGCCUGUAUUCUAGUGCUUGACAUGGCUAGUCAAAUAUUAAUAUUAUUAAAACUA